GAAGAAGAACGUUUGCAGGUCAACCAGGAAGUCUGCAUGGACUGUGCAAGCUGGGCACUGAGAACGAAACUAACUCAUUUUCGUAUCGGUGGCUGUAGCUGCACAGAGUGAACGCUUCUGACGACUGUUCUGGUCAAGCAAUUAAAACAAAAACUUGCUAGCUUAGAAGUAGAUACCCCGUUUAAAAUGAGCACCGAGAACUUCAGGUUUUACGAGGUUUUCUCGUACGAGACUUUGGUUCGUGCCGUGGCGGGAGCGGUAGGAAGUGCAACUGCAAUGACGGUAUUCUUCCCCCUUGAUACUGCUCGACUGAGACUUCAAGUGGAUGAGAAGAGGAAGGCCAAGUCAACACCAGCCAUUCUGGCAGAGAUUGUCAAGGAAGAGGGACUACUUGCUCCUUACCGAGGUUGGUUCCCUGUCAUCUGCAGCCUGUGCUGCUCCAACUUUGUCUACUUCUACUGCUUCCACAGCCUGAAGGCCAGCUGGGUGAGGGGGCAGAAGGCGGCACCCAGCACAGACUUAACUAUAGGCAUCGCUGCAGGUAUUGUGAAUGUACUGGUCACCACUCCUCUGUGGGUGGUCAACACCAGGCUGAAGCUGCAGGGUUCAAACUUUCGCAACGCAGACAUCCGUCCCACAAACUACUCCGGCAUACUGGACGCGUUUGUGCAGAUUAUCCGCCACGAGGGGCUGGGAGCGCUGUGGAACGGGACCUUCCCAUCCCUGCUGCUGGUGCUGAACCCCGCCAUCCAGUUCAUGAUCUACGAAGGCCUGAAGAGACAGCUGAGGAGAGGGGUUUACAAAGAGCUGUCAUCUCUGGAGGCCUUCCUGAUUGGUGCCGUCGCCAAGGCUGUUGCCACCGUCGUCACAUACCCACUGCAGACUGUACAGUCCAUCCUUAGGUUUGGUCAGCUUAAAGAGCCAACAGACCAAUCACAACUGCUGACCAGCCUGAGGACUAUCAAGUGUCUGCUGGUCAAUAGAGUGAGGAAGUUUGGUGUGCUGGGUCUGUUUAAAGGCCUGGAGGCCAAGCUGCUGCAGACGGUGCUGACUGCCGCUCUCAUGUUCCUUCUCUAUGAGAAGAUCACCAACACCACCUUCAAAGUCAUGGGACUGAGCAAGCCGAUGCACAGCAAACGCUAGCCAGCUCCAUCACAGCCCUGGCUGCUGGGGGGAAGCAGAGGGUUUACCGCCCACAUCACUCAUGGAGUCUGUUUUAGUGCUGAUCCGUCCGAUACACAUGCACACAUGCAUGCCUUUCACCACCAGGACCACAGCUCAGUUAGAUAUUUAUGGUAAAUGUGACCUCAUAUUUAUGUUGCCAAAAAUGCAUUUUUGAGUAUAUCUAAAUGCUUUUGCGAAGUUUUCAUAAACCCAAGGGUUGCAGAAUUGUCGCAGCCUAUUGAGGAACAUGUAGUCGUUCAACUGAAAUUAAAACAUGUAAACUGCCAAACUGGAAAAGGGUAUUAACGAGGAAUUCACUCAACAGUGGCACUUUGCUAAGGGAAUCUAUGGAACUGUUGACCUCGAGGGACUUAAGGGUCAGCGUCUUGCUCAAGGAAUUGAAUCUGUGGCCUACAGGACAGCCUCUAGCCAGCAGGAAACCUGCGUAAUACUCCACAUUAUUUAUUUUAUUUUCAUUAAUCUGUCUUGUGUUUUUAACAUUUACACUUUUAGUUCUUCCAUCAGAAGAACAUUGUUAUACUGUGUGUGUCAUCUGCAUAUGUGUCUGUGGAUGCCGGCCUUUACAGCUGCAGCCUUCUUUUAUCAUCUUAUCAUCAGCUUUUGCAAAUUCAUGUUAACUGGAAAUGAGGUCAGUGUGUUUGUUUGAGAAAUGCGAUAUUUCUGGUUUAUAUUUUAGUUCGUAUUAGAGCUGCCAGUCAGUGGAGUUGCAGCUUGUGCAUUCCAAGGUGACAUGCCUGUGUGUGGUAAAAAAGAACUUAUUCUUUACCCCUAACCUUACUGUGAUAUGCUACGAAGUUUCAAAACGGAUAAUAAUAAUAUCCAAUAAUAAUAUUAAUAAUACUAAUACUAAUACUACUACUACUGCUGCUACUACCACUAAUCAUCACUAAUAACAAUAAGGUUUAAUAAGACUAACAAAAUUAAGUGCAGUAGUGCUUUUUGUACUUAGGCAGAGACGUCUUAAAAAAAAUACAGCUGCUUAUUAAUUAACACUAACAAUCUCACACAACUCUCAUUAAUUCACUGCCCAACUGCUAAUAAUAUGAAGAGCACAAAUUUAUGAUUUCAGUAAUUUUUUUUAAAUUGCGUGGUCACAUCAUUCAGUUGUCUGCAAACACUAUAAUGGAUGUACCUGAGAAAAAAUCAGUUUGUAUGAAAAUGCAUACCUACUUGAAACACCCAGUUUGUGUGUACAUGUUUACGCACAAUAUUUAUUUUUUUCACCAUCCAGCUUGUGCUAUUUAUUCAUCCAUAGACUCCAGGCACAGUCAUCUAUUUCCUCCUUAAGCCAGAGCUUGUACAGGUGGACACCAGUGGUCUUUGUUCCAGGGUUUCACCACAGAAUAUACAGAAAAACUUCACUAAGCUUCAACCAGAAGGCGACACAACAAAAGCAUGUGAAAGCAUGAUCCUUUUGAUUACCCAUCCUGUGACACUUAUGUUGUGACUCUGUACCAACAACAAAAAUCUAAAAUCUCAUCAAAGGAGACUGUGGUUCAAUAUGUAUCAUUCUUGGAGUUUUUAACAUCAAGUAUUUUUGGGAAUCUUCAUUCUAAAGCACUGUUGUAAACUGUGUCUCUGCUAAUUGAAUAUAAUUAUGCAACUGUAGAGCUGUAAAUUUUUCCUUUAAUUGCUUUACAUGGAUGUUUUAUUUAUUAACUGUCUGCACCCAGCUGAUCCUAUCAUACUGACCAUCAGGAGUUAUUUUAAAUCAGUGGUUUGACAAACAUGUACUGCAAUAGUGACUUGUCUGUACCUUCUGUUUGUUUUAUUCAUAAUUUCAUGGCUGUUCUCGACCCAAUGAUAAUUGCACUAAGAUGUCAUGAGAAUGUAUUUCUGCUGACUGGUGAAUAUGGAUGUUUAGGUAGGAUGCCAUUCAUUGCUUCAUUAGCUCAAGGGACAACAGAGUACAAUGAAAGCAAAUCUGACAAAGAUGGAAUGAAAUAAAAAUGGAAAAUAAAUAAUUACCCACAUUUAUUGAUAGCUUACUCACCUGAGGAAAAAGGCAGUUUCUGUGAUACACAUUAGUUGUAUGUACUUGAUUGUACUUUUUUCAGACAUUCACACGUCAAUAAGUGGCCUAAUAUGAACUCCAUCCAUUAUAAGCACAACUCAGUUAGUUUUGAAUGCUCUGUUUGACUGUACAAAAGUAAUGAAUCAAAAUAAAUUGAUUAAUUAAACAAAAUUUGUGACAAAGAAAA